AUGAAUGAUAUCGUUUAUCUUAGUUCAGACGAGGAGGAUGAUAAACGAGAUGGAUUUUUGGAAACCUCCGAUGAGAAACCCAAGAACAUUGGGCAUCAUCAUCCCAAGUCGGAUCCAACGGUGGAGGACGACGAUUGUGUGGUCUUGGAUUGUGAUCCUUACAAGAUGACGGCGAAGGAGAAUGCAAUUGAUACUUGUGAAACCGAUGAUGUGCUUGUCGUAGGGCAAAAGGGUGAGAUAGCUUGUAGGGAUUACCCGCAUUCGCGACAUGCCUGCGCUAAGUACCCGUUUAACUCCACAUCACACGAGAGCUACUGUGAGAUGUGUCACUGUUAUGUUUGUGACACCCGUGCUCCCUGUGCUUACUGGUUCAUGGGUUAUUCCUACAUUGAUCACUGUCAUGCCAAUGAUAAAGAAGAGUUAUGGAAGAAUCAACGUGCAUGCAUCAGGACCGGAAAGAUACUUCCCGGACCUGCUUCGACCAUAGUCCAAUCUCAACGGGUUUCACUGCCUCAAUCUAUUCCGCUGCCCCACGGAAAGAUACUUCCCGGACCUGUUUCAAAACCUGCUUCAACCAUAGUCCAAUCUCAACGGGUUCCACGGCCUCAAUCUAUUCCGUUGCCCCAAUACUCUUCUUCCCCUGUAACUCAGUUUGGAUCUAUACAGUUGCCCCAUAACUCUUCUUUACCUGCAACUCAGUUAGGAAUCCGGGCUUGCUCGGCAUCGAUUAGUGUUGCGACUCACCCAAACACAUACAUCAGUCCUGGUUAUAGAGCUGAGCUACCAAGAACCUUUCCCCAAAAUCCCGGGUUACAACCUCGUGGUGGUCAGUCAUACCAGAAUCACAGAGGCGGCUCUUAUAACGGUAACCAUAGUCCCCAAGUGGUCUCUUCCAAUCCAUUCACGUGGACUCAAACACCAAGUGGAGGCGUUAUUCGCCCAGGAAACAAUAUACAUAGCAUUGCUCAAGGCUCGCAAUAUACUGGUUACGCACCUUGCGCUGCUGUCGUUCCCAGUUAUAUCCCAACCGUGCCAGAAUCUCACAACAUAGUGUACGCCAGACAUUAUGGGCAGAAUAUGUAUUCUGGAAAUGUUCAGACAAAUGCAACAGUUCCCUCUCAGAUGCCAAAUCGUCCGGUGAACCUGCAACUACAACAACAACAUUCAGGAAAAAGCCUGUCGGAGAUUGAAGCCUGGCUCAUGAAACCCUGA